UGCCAGUCCGCGUCAUGAACACCAUCGUCUUCAACAAGCUCGGGGGAGCCGUGCUUUUUGAGGACCGAGGCACCCCAGAGCGGGAAUGUGGCAGCCGGCCCUAUGGUGGUGUCCUGGACAAUCCACACACACGCCCGGAGGUGGGCAUUCCAGAUGGCCCGCCCCUCAAAGACAACCUCAGCCUGAGACACCGGAGGACCGGGGCCCGGCAGAAUGGAGGGAAGGUGAGGCACAAGCGACAGGCCCUGCAAGACAUGGCACGGCCUCUUAAGCAGUGGCUUUAUAAGCAUCGUGACAACCCGUACCCCACGAAGACCGAGAAGAUAUUGUUGGCCCUCGGUUCACAGAUGACGCUAGUGCAGGUGUCAAAUUGGUUUGCUAAUGCUAGACGUCGGCUGAAGAACACUGUUCGUCAGCCAGAUUUAAGCUGGGCCUUAAGAAUAAAGUUAUACAACAAGUACGUGCAGGGCAAUGCGGAGCGGCUCAGCGUGAGCAGCGACGACUCCUGCUCGGAAGAUGGAGAAAAUCCCCCAAGAAAUCACAUGAACGAAGCAGGCUACAGCACCCCUGCCCAUCACACUGUGAUUAAAGGGGAGAGCUCAGUGAUAAAAGCUGGAGUGAGACCAGAGUCAAGGGCGGCUGAGGACUAUGUGUCACCUCCCAAGUACAAGAGCAGCUUGUUGAACCGCUACCUUAACGACUCUUUGAGACAUGUCAUGGCCACAAGCACUGCCAUGAUGGGGAAGACAAGGCAAAGGAACCAUUCUGGAUCUUUUAGCUCCAAUGAAUUUGAAGAAGAGCUGGUGUCUCCGUCAUCAUCAGAAGCUGAAGGCAACUUUGUCUACCGCACAGACACUCUAGACAUUGGAUCCAAUAAAGGCGACAGUGCAGCUAACAGAAGGGGCCCGAGCAAGGAUGACACGUACUGGAAAGAGAUCAAUGCAGCCAUGGCCUUAACAAACCUCGCCCAGGGAAAAGAGGAAGUGCAGGGGACAACCAGCUGCAUCAUCCAGAAGUCUUCCCACAUAGCAGAAGUAAAGACAGUCAAGCUGCCUCUGGUACAGCACUUCUAGUGUGGCCAGGGGUUGCUGAGCAUGUCAGUGUUUUGUUUUUCUUACGUAAAUCCUCAUCCUAAGAGCCGAAGCCAGGGGUGAAGAGGGCUCCCAUCCAAACCUCCUAAGUUCAGCUAUCCUAAAUGUAUCAGUUGCUUCUACAAAAAAGACACGUAAAUUAUAAA